GCAAGAAAUCGAGAGGAACCGUCGGACACUUCCUGCCCAGAACCGGUUAAAGAUUCUUGGAGUUGUUGGCUGAAGCUGUGAACGUUGGGUGCUGUUCAACGGGACCGAAAUGACGUGAAAACCAGUAGUAUUGCUACAACUAGCAGGUAUGAACAGGAAACGGGCUCUGAUUUCCGAUACUUUCACGGUAAAGAAAAGAAUAAGAAUUGGCACUGAGAAGUUCGGAGCAGUCAGUAAUGGAGAUGGACCAACUGACAUCAGAUCCACCCUGGAGUACCUCAUGACGCUGUUCCCCAGGAAGCUCUUCAACGAUGCUUUACCCCAGAUUGUCCUGAAGCACCAACUCUACAGCAUCCACCAUGACAAGACACUGGUGGACAAGGAGCUGAAUAAGCUGCGUGAGCGAGGAGAGGUGCUGAUGUUCCAGCUCGGGUUCGAUGCAGAAGCGUUCGGGCUGAUUUUUGCCUCCGAUUACAAGGCCAAAGUGCUGGCAGCCGAGGAGGGCAGAGCGACCCGAGCCGCGGUGGAGAGGUUCUUGGAGAAAGUGUUGUCAUCCUCCACGGAUCUGAGCUUCAGCAAAGACCAGAUGCUCAGGGAGUUCCUCUUCACAGACUCUGAGAUAACGCAGCUGGUUAAGGCAGGGGUCCUGACAGUGAGGGACGCAGGCAGCUGGUGGCUUUCCAUUCCCAACUCUGGCAAAUUCACCAAGUACUUUUUACGAGGUCGUAAAGCGGUGCUCGGCAUGGUGAAGAAGUCCAAAUAUAGCGAAGUCUUACAGGCAGAGCUGGAGGAGCGCAGGACAACCGUGCACGUGAAAUUCCACAUGAAAUACCAUGUCCAUGACAUUGUUGGUGCAGAGCUGGUGGAGAGCAUACCCACAACUUCAGGGACAAUGUUGCGAUUUGUCGAUUCCUGAACCACAGCAACACGACUGACUGAUCUGUGCUUGUUGGAAGACGGCGAGUGACUGGAGAUGAUGAAAGCUUAAGAUGUUCAAAGACUGUUGUUUGUAUGAGAACUGAAGUUAUGGUUUCAGAUUUAGUUUUUGUGCCAACUGUAUUAUAAAACCUUGUGGGUUUAUGAAUUGUCAAUUAUGUUGACAUGACCUUGUCAGGUUUUGAUUUAUCUUGUAAUAAAAGUACUUGAAAUGUUUA